AUGGACGAAACUGACAAUUAUAAACGAGAAAUGGUUCUACUGUACGUACAAUUCCGCAACGAAAUGUUAGAAAUUGUUGAUCAAAAUAAAUUUCUCCAAUCAUUUGACGACAACAAAGACGCGAUCAUGGAACGCCGUAGUCAAUUCGAGUCUAAUUUGAACAUUGAAAACGUCAUGAGAGAACUUGAAACGGUGAUGCUUUUGCAAAACAAAGACAACAGUAAUUUGCGGGAAGAAGAAUCCAGAACAGCCUUUGUUCAACAGUCGUUAGGAGAGGAUGAUGCCGAAAACGUCGACGAUGUUCACCAAAUCGUCCCACGACAAGGAUUUUAG